GGUGCAGAGAAGCAUUUUUAUUACUUAAAAAUUACUAAGCAAGGAUUGUGACAGAAAGACCUGCUGCUCUGAAGUCCAGCACAUUACUUAAUUAAGGUAUCAAGUGUAUGCUUGCUAUUCUUUUUAGAUGAAAUGUACAUACUACAUGGUUUUGUCUUUUACGUAAUAGCAAACAUUUAAUGAGGUAUAGGUACAGAUAAGAAAAAUGAGGUAAGAAGACUCUGACUGUUACAAGAUCACGUCUGUUUUUCAUCAGCAGACCUUUACAGAGGCAAGGAAAAGCAAGUGGGAUGUUUUCAAUGUAAAGCUGGCCAAAUUUAGAGUCUUGUAAUCUUCUUAAAUUAUGAUUUUGGCAGAGUGCAGUUCUCAAAAUCAUUGCAUAACCUUUAAAAGCCUGUGACCCUGGGGCAAUUUAAAUUCCAUUGGCAAAAGCUUCUAGGAACAGAAAGACCUGAUUCUGCCCAUGUACAGCUGGCCUCUCUAAAUUCUAUGUUUCUCCGUCUAGUUCCCUCCAGGAUUUCAUUCAGUAGAGGUUUUAUGAGUCUGUAGAGAAGUCUGCACAAAACACAGAAGCUCUAUCUGAUCCUUUCUUUCAAAGCAGGAAGGAGAAAAGGGAUGGUGUCUUCUGUUGUAGUUGUACCAGAACUUAAGAUGCUAAACCAGUGGCAAAGUCCUUCAUUUAGUGGCUGAGAUUGAAUUGUCAUCAUAUUUCCCUUUCCUUGUCAAGUUACUUCAUAUGCAACCGUACUUUCUCAUAAAGCCCUGAGCAAAACCAGUAGCUUCAGGAGUUGAGCUUCCUCUAGGCAACUUCCCAUGCUCCUGUUAAAUCUCACCUACUGUGUUGAAAAAAAGCUCAGGAUUCACUGAAUAUUAAUAUGACUUGCAACAACUCUGAUGAGAAAAUUCAUAUGGAACAGGAAUAUGUGGGCUGUUAUCCCUUGUGCCACAUUUAUCGGUUUCAUUUGACUGUGAAGAUAGGCAUUCCAUCCCAGGAGCUGAACAUUUUGGUGAACAUGGUUCAAAAUAGAUUUUAUGAAGCCAAAAAGUAAGUAAUAUAGUUGAGAUUACAGUUUGAGAGUUACUGGUUUCUCAGUCCUGUUCUUGGCCAGUCAGACUGUGCUUUCCUUGAGACUACAAGCAUAUUGGACCUUUUCCAGCUCUACUGUCUGUGGUCCUAUCCAGCUAUUAGUUCCUUUUUGUUUGAAUACAAAGAGAUGUCCUCUGCACUGCGUACUAUAGGGUCUGUGCAGUGUAGUAUUUGCAGUGAAUUCAAGGCAGCACUGGAGCUGAAAUUCUUUCUUUAAACAGUAAGAGUCAUAACUUUGGGAGAUAGUGUAAAAUGAAAUGUAAACAUCUGAAAUUAUCUAAACUUGUAACUGUCAUUGUUCUGGUUAAAAAGAAAAUUGCCUUCGGUAUCCUUACGUAGAAGUUUGAAAAGACAAGUUUUGUAGGUCGUUGACAGGCCAUGUAUCCUGGGGACAGGACUGCAAUCUGCAUUUCUGAGUUUACUCUCUUAAUGGAUGCAUUCUGUUCAAGAAAAGGCAUUCAGAGAUUCAUAAACUUGCUGAUUUUUUAAUUAAAUUAUUUUUAAGGUAAAAUUCUCAUUGAAUUAUGGAUUAGGUAAAGUGUUUCUAUUGUAGGCUGGCUUUUCAAAGCAAAACAUUUUUAUCUGUAUUGUCUAUAAGCUCUUAAGAUGGCAAGAGGGUCAUAAAUUGAUCCUCCUCAUCAAUGGAGUCUUCACAGGCACCGGGAUCUGUGAGUACACAUUCUCUCAAGAGAGCAGUGAAGAAUCUCCUGGGAGAAGCCCAGAUUCUUUGGAUGCAGUGUAGCUGUAGCUGGUUUUGCUCACAAUUAACUUGAUCUGUAGAUUAACCUACGCUGCUGGUUCUGUUCCCAAUGAAGGAGAAUUAGUUGCACAUUGUAUCAGUGAUUAUUUUAAAAGUAGCUUCUAUUGCUCCUACUUCUGAUGUUCUGCCCUCUGUUAGAAGUUGAGCAUGGACUGGGCAUUUUUCCAGCCAUGUGAUUGCAGCAGGUUACUGUAGAUUUUAUGGCUGAAGUAAAAUCGACUCAGUACCACAGGGACAGUUUCUGCAAAUGCUUAUACAAUUGAUGGGAUUAGUUAAGUGUAUGUGUGUGUAGGUUUGCAGAAUAUCAAUCCUUCGAUGUUUGAAUUACACAGUUAUUUCAAAAAUGAGCCUGUGCCAUGUAUCAAAUGGUAAACAGUGCCUGGAUAUUCAAGCUGAACAUCACUUUCCAUGAUAGCACCUGUGGAGUUUCAUCUAAUAUGAAGAUGUGAAAAAUUGUGUCUUCUUAAACAUACUCUGUUUGGCAAACCUCCACUGUCUUAAGUAGUCAUUAAAAAGUAUGCCAUGAUUCUAAAUGCAGUUGAUUCAAAUUUAAUCAAAAUCAGCUAUAUUAGGUACGUCUGUGAGCUAAUUUCAUCAGUCCUUUAAAGUGGUUUUCCUAUAUUUGAGUAUCUGGGGAUCUGGAGGUUUUUCAAAGCUGUUAAUCAAAUUAUAUCAUUUUAAAGUGGCUCAUCUAACACUGGGCUGUGAGAAGUUAAACCAAACUAAGAAGUCAGAAACUGAGUCAGGAAUUGGACUAUUUCUCUUAACAGGUCCCAAUUCCUGUGGAUUUGAAUAUGGUCUAGUUAGCACAGAACAGAAAAUGGUCCCUGAUUCAUGAACUAGGACAAAAGAAAAUCAACAGAGACAGAUAAAGGGGAAAUAAUAGAAUACAGUGACACAAAACUAAUAAUACCAAUCAGCAUCUUGCCUCGUAUUCCAGCCUAACUGUUGCUGUGCCUUCUGGGGAUAUUGCAAAAUGAAGACUUUUAAGGAACGCCUUAUAGUAGAAGAAUGAGUUAUUUUCAUGGAUAUUUACAUUGUGAAGAGCUGCCUUAGAGAAGUAAUAGAAAUAUUUGUUGGCAACAGCCAUGUCAUUGCUGUCCAAUUACCAGCUGAUGUCUUAAUAGUAAGAUGUGAUGAUAGCCAUGAAAAGUUGUCAAAGCAAAGUAACAUGGUAGAGAAAAGUAAGGUGAGAUGCAGAGAAGGAGUGACAGAAAGUAGCAUGGGCAAAAUGCCCUUCUCAAGUCCCAAUAUUUCCAUGAAGAUCAAGGCAAGAUGAUGCCUGUAAAGUUGAGGCAGGUGGCCAGGUUCUGAAGUAGCUGAGAUCUCAGAUGGGACGAAGGAGGUAUGAAUGAGAUUUAAGCAGGCCAUGGAUGAGUCUCCUAGGCUAAGUAUGAGUGACAGGCAUUGCUGCUGGUGUCAGCACUGAUACAGAAAAAAGGUAUCAAGAAAGUUUUCUGAAGACAAUUAAGAGAUUUCUUGAUGUUUAGUUUGAGGUGCUGGCUAGAUAUUCAUGAGAUGGUGUGAGAAAACAAGAGAGAAGGAUAAAAAUGAAGAGCCUACAAGAGUGAGCCUAGACAUGGUAGCCAGAUUUAUGCUUCUGGUGUGGUUACUUGGAAUUCACAGAAACAAACAAAACUGGGGUUUGGAAGCAGGCUUAACUUUAAAGCUAGAUCAGGUUGCUCAGGGUGCUCCAAGGUUGCUCCAAGGGUGGAGGUUCCACCACUUCUCUGUGCAGGCUGUUCCAGUGCAGAACGUUUCUCCUUAUCAGGGAUGCUUUUCUUAUUUCCAACCAGAAUUUCCCUUACUGCAGCUUUUGGCCACUGCCCCAUGUCCUAUUGUGCACCUUUGUGAAGAAUCUGGCUCCGUUUGCUGUGUAACUCUUCUUCCUGCCCACUCCUUAGGCAAUGGAAGACUGCAAUUCUCCUUUGCUUCUUCAGGCUAAGCAAAGACAGUUCCCUUAGCCUCUGCUCAUACACCAUAUUCUCCAGCUUCUCAGUCAUCUUAAUUGAUGUGGGCUGGGGUGUCUGCAGUUUGACCACAUCUCUUGUGUAUUGUGCUUUGUAGAGUGAAAUCACUGAUUUCUUUGAAUUGUUAGGCAUGUUCUUGCUAAUGUAGGGCAGUAUGUAAUUAACCUUUUGGUGCAAGGAUACACUACUGACUCAUACUUAACUUGUCUAUGGGAAUCCACAGUUCCUUUUCUGCAGAGCUGCAACCUGUCUAGCCAGUCCUCAGCCUGCAAUGACAUCUCCUGCCCCAAGUACAGGACAUUGUGUUUCUUUGUUGAACUUCUUGAGGCCCGUUUCUCCAGUCUUUCUGAAUAGUAGCCCUGCCCUGCAGUUUCUCAGCCAUUCCCCCCAGUUUGGUGUCAUACAUGAUCUUGCUGCGGGUGCUUAUGUGCCAUCGUCACAGUCAUUGAUGACAUUUUUAAGCAGCAGCAGCCCUAGUAUUGACCCAUGAGGAACAUCACGUAUAGCUGACUGUUGCUAGUCUUUGAAACACUGAUUACUGUUGUUUAAGCCCAACAAUCCAGACAAUGUUUCUUCCAUCAGGCAGUCUUGCAGUCCAGUCCAGUGCAUACUUUCCCCAACUGGCUAGCAGGAUACUAGAAGAGGCUGUUUUGAAAGCUUUACAGAAGUCAAGGUAAAUAAGAUCCACUGGUAUUAAGGGGUAGAGAAAGAAAGAUGCUGAAAACCAGGACUUGAACCUCCAAAGGAAGGUGGGAGCUUUGGGUUAGCAAAAGGAGCAAUUUUAAAUUAGUGUAGCUGAUGUACUGGGGAAGACUGACUCAUAGAAACUAUGAGAAGAAAAGACUCCAAGAUGAUUACUAUGGCCGAUGGUGGUGUUUUAGGCUCUUUGUUAAUUUGUUUCCUAUAUUUGACAUGUAGCACUUCUUAAAAAAGCAAUGUGCUCUUUUCCUGACUUUAUCGCAGUUUGCACUAAGUGUUUUCCCAGUGCAGUUUUCUUUUAAAUUGUGCUGCUUCUCUAGCUAUGUAAUUGAUGCAGGCAUCUGUGGAAACUGUCUCAGACCAAAGUUCUCUCAACACACCUGAUUUAUUAAAUGUGGCACUUCCAAAAUAGUGCUGCAGAUGAAAGAGCAUGACCACUGCUGGCUAAGAGGGAGCUUAAACUCAGAAAGACUUUAAAAUGAUUAAUCGAGUGUUAUUGGCCUAGAGAGGAUUCUUUGCUAAGCAUUGAGACCUCUUAGAGUCUAGAUCCAGCUUAGGCACUGUGUGUGCACUUCAGAGUUACAGUAGUUCCAUAGUUAGUUAGCCUCGUUUCUGGCUGCUUAGUUGCCACAUGCCUUAGUGUUUAUUCUGCAUAACUUUUUCCUUUGCUGUAAAGGAGAAAUUAUUUUAUGUAAUCAGCAAAGAAAUCUCGGCACUGCCAAACUGUGCUGCCCUUGGAUUAGGAGUGUUUGGAGUGAUGAGACAGUGAUUGCAGUAGAUGGUUGCCUGCAAAUGCUACUUACUGUCCAGCAUUUGAUAUGCCUGCAAUGGUACUUAUAAUCCAGCAUCUGAUACUCGCUAACUACUUGUAAAAAGUAACUGACUGAAACUCUAGUGUCUUCUGUAGAUACUAGAUCAUGCUUUAUAGUUCUGUCUCUGUAGUACAGCAAAUAGAAUUCAGUGGUUGUUCCUGUAAAGACUUCAUCAUUUUGUAUUUAUACUCUAGUUCUAGUUUUCAGCAUUUGCUUUUAAACUAUAGUGCAAGUGAUUACAUGGCUCAACGAAUUGGCAAUGAUUUAUUAUUGAGACUUUUAGGUUAGUGGUUUAUAUCUGGGUGCAGGAUCAGAAGAGUCCAGUUAAUAUCUGUGAGGGGCUGCAUGAAAUAAAGUGGCAGCAUCAAUCCAUUUCUAGGGAACAGGUGCUAAAUCCCAGGGCUGCAACCAAAGUUACAAAUAAGGAGUCUGUAAAAUAUAUAUAAAAUUUGAUUUUGCAUUUUCAGUUCAGUAUUUAGGCCCAUAACAAAACAGAGACAAGCCUGCAUAUUUUAAGUCCUUGUUUGAGCUCCUCUCGGACCGAAACUCAGACCUUAGCUUUCAGCGAUGUUGCUCAAGUUUGAUUAUUACUAUACUUUUUGAAACACUCACAUUUUUCUAAUUAAAAUAAUUUUCUUUGCUAUGUGAAAAAUCAUUCAGGGAUGGUAUUUGUGGCCCAAUGUGAGCUAUAAUCUAUGGUUGAAAUUAUGUGGAAUAGGAAUCACCUUGCUGCCCUUUUUAAGUUUAACUAUUUAAGUUGUCUCAGUUGGUGCAAAUAGAUUACAUGCUAGCUUUUGUUACAUCAUUGUUAUGCAUUUCUCUAAAAUACAAGUAUAAUGAUAUUUAUUGUUUUGAAAUUAGUGUGUUCUAGGGCAAUGGCUUCCAAAACCCCAGUUGGAUUCAUUGGGCUGGGUAACAUGGGAAAUCCAAUGGCAAAAAACCUGGUAAAACAUGGAUAUCCGGUUAUUGCAUAUGAUGUGUUCCCAGAAGCUUGCAAAGAAUUUCAAGACUUGGGUGCUCAGGUAACAGAUUCCCCAGCAGAUGUAGCAGAAAGAGCAGACAGAAUUAUUACCAUGCUGCCUUCUAGUCCCAAUGCGAUAGAAGUUUACACAGGAGCAAAUGGAAUUCUAAAGAAAGUAAAGAAAGGCUCAUUGCUAAUAGAUUCCAGUACUAUAGACCCUGCAGUUUCAAAAGAAUUAGCCAAAGCUGUUGAAAAAAUGGGAGCUGUUUUCAUGGAUGCCCCAGUUUCUGGAGGUGUUGGAGCUGCUCGAGCUGGAAACCUUACUUUCAUGGUUGGUGGAGUGGAACAAGAAUUUGAUGCUGCCAAGGAGUUGCUGACAUGCAUGGGUUCUAAUGUGGUCUACUGUGGAGAGGUUGGAACUGGACAGGCUGCAAAGAUCUGCAACAACAUGCUCUUGGCCAUAAGUAUGAUUGGAACUGCUGAGGCUAUGAAUCUUGGAAUCAGAUUGGGCCUUGACCCAAAGCUGCUGGCCAAAAUCCUAAAUAUGAGCUCAGGUCGCUGUUGGUCAAGCGACACGUACAACCCUGUUCCUGGAGUGAUGGAAGGAGUACCAUCGGCUAAUAAUUAUCAAGGUGGCUUUGGAACAACACUCAUGGCUAAGGACCUUGGCUUGGCCCAGAUUUCUGCCACCAACACGAAGACACCAGUUCCUUUGGGAUCCCAGGCACAUCAGAUCUACAGGAUGAUGUGUGCAAAAGGCUAUGCCCUGAAAGACUUCUCAGCUGUGUUCCAGUUUUUACGUGAGGAAGAAACCUUGUGAGCUGUCCUUUGGAAAUGGACACAAUAACAAACCACAUUUUUUUAUCCUUAUAGCUCGUUUGAAGAAGUAUGUGGGUUUAAUCAAAUACUGUGCAUCCUGAUCCCAUACAGACUAAUCAUCUUUGGUUGUCUAGAUUACAACGAACUCUGGGUUUUUUUCAUAAUUCUUGAAAAAGCAAGCCAGAGGAAGGGAUUGUUUGGCAAUUAGCCAGACAGUGAUUCCUUUUUUUUUUUUAAGAACCAUCAGGUUUGGGGUGUUGUUUUUUUUUCACUAGAUGCAAUAAAUAAAUAUUUUUUUUAUGAAACACUUAACUGAUUGCAUAUAAAAUAACUUACAUUAUGGCUACAAACCUAGGUGACUUUAAUAGUAAGAGAAUGUUAUAUAGUGACUUUAUGAUAUAUAGUGAUCUAUUAAAAUUAAAAAUGAAUACUUUAUGGGAAAAGAGAAGAUUUGUUCAAUGAAGAAACACAGCUUGAGAUGGAUUUUUUUUUUCCUUGCACCUACUAGCCUUGAGUUGAUCAAUAGUGAUUUUUUCCUGGGAUUCAGGUUGCAGAUUAAGUUUAUAGGCACGCGUUUCUAAGUGGAGAGCUGUUACAGCAUGUUUACCUGAUAGACUAAGUUAAAAUAACAUAGAAUGUGUGUCCCUCUUGUAAAGCUCCAUUAUUGUAUUUUGCUAACCCAAUUUUAUAUUUUCUUGUAUUCUGUCACACAUUUUCAGAACUCAAGAACAGCACUUACCUGAAGUUCUAACAAAGUGUACAUUUGUUUUAGGU